AUGCGUGAACCAGAUUUCGAGCGCGAGCUCCAUAUCCUUUCACGUAUCAAAGAAGCUGGUCUGACAGACUGGCUACGGAUCCCUAAGCUAGAAGGCAUUGUGGUCUCGGGCGAAGAGACUAUCGGCAUGCUGAUAACUUUCAUCGAUGGAAAUCAUUUGCGAAAUCCUGAACUCCAGGGCAUGCACGAAAUGCACGGAACAUGGGAGGACCAGCUUAGAGCCAUCAUAAGGGAGCUUCAUGCUCACGAUAUCGUUUGGGGAGAUGUUCAUCCGAUGAAUAUCAUGAUUGAUAAAGCGAUGAAUGCUUGGGCCAUUGACUUCGGCGGAAUGAAUAAUGUGGAGUUCGUGGAUGAUAAGAAUCGCGAGACGGUUGAGGACGAGAUUACCGACCGGUGUCUUGAAGGGAUAUGGUCCUGGAACUCCACAGUUCCGGAGGCCAUUGAAAAGUGCGUUCACGACCUAUUCGCUGAGCAGGCAAAGGCGCGGCCCGAUGCGCCUGCCGUAUGCGCUUGGGAUGGCGAGCUGACAUAUGGUGAGCUGGAUGCGCUGUCGGACAAGCUGGCAGGUCACCUCAUCCGGCUCGGCGUUCAUCGUGAAGACGUUGUCCCGUUGUGCUUCGAGAAGUCGAUGUGGACGGUGGUGGCCAUGCUAGCCGUGCUCAAGAUCGGCGGCGCGUUCCUCCUUGUUGAUCAAUAUCUGCCUGCCGAGCGGCUCGCAGCGAUGUGCCGCAAAGUAGGCAGCGUGCAUGCUUUAGCAUCCAAGACAUGUCUACGAGCUGUAAAGGAUCUGGUGCGAGAGGUUAUUUUAGUGGACGAGAGGUCACUGCUUCAGAUGCCUAAGUACGACGGGCCGCUUCCUUCCGUGCUACCCACAGACGCAGCAUACAUUUUAUUCACCUCGGGAAGCACAGGCGAGCCUAAGGGGUGCAAGAUCGAGCAUCGGUCUUCUUGUACCGCAAGUAUACAGCAUGGUCCUUCUCUGCGAAUUGGCACCAGCACCCGCGCGCUUCAGUUCUGCUCGUACAGCUUCGUAGGAUGCUUGUUCGAGAUGCUCCCCUCCUUGGCACAUGGUGGUUGCAUAUGUAUCCCUUCUGAAGAACAACGGGGAGUCGAACUUGCGUCAGCGAUGACGAGGAUGGCCGUCAACUGGACCUUUCUUACGCCCACUGUUCUGGAUACCAUUAGUGACCUGGAGUCAGUUUCAUCCUUAAGGACUCUCUGCAUUGGUGGCGAGUCAAUUCGCGCUUCCCAAAUCCAGCAUUGGGAAGGACGUGUGCAUCUGCGGCAGGCUUAUGGAUGCAGCGAAGUCUCUGGGGCUGUUUCGUCCGCAAGACUGACCCGUGCCUCUACCACCAGGGACAUAGGCAAGGGUAUCACGGCCGUCUAUUGGAUCGUGGAUGCCGACGACCACAACCGCCUCGUACCGCUAGGCGCUACUGGCGAGCUGCUUGUCGAAGGUGCUGUGGUGGGUCGAGGAUACACGGAUGAGGCUGAGAAGACAGCUGUAAGCUUCAUCGAAGCCCCGGCAUGGAGAGGAUAUUUUGGUGAGAGUCAGUCCCGCCUAUACAAGACUGGCGACCUUGCAAGAUAUAAAGAAGAUGGAUCUGUCGAGCUGCUGGGGCGGAAGGAUACCCAGGUCAAGCUGCGAGGUCAGCGGAUCGAGCUCGGAGAGAUUGAGCACCAGGCCCAGCUUUCGGGAGCAGCUGGGGUAAGCGGCUUGGCAGUGGAAAUCAUCAGACCCAAAGACAACGGCGACAUGCUGGCAUGUUUCGUUGCUGUUGAGAGUGGAAAUGAAGGCCAGGAAGGGACAGACGAUGAGUCACGGUCGAUAGCACUCGUACAGACCGCAGCGCAAGCAAUCCGCGACCGGCUUGAGCGGUUUCUGCCACAGUAUAUGGUACCUGCACUGUUCAUUCCCUUGGCGCGGCUGCCGACGACAGUGACCGGCAAGAAAGACCGCAAGCGACUACAGGAGAUUGGAGCCUCUCUCACAGCCCAGCAGCUGGCCGAGAUGCGGACGUCUGGCCAAGGCCCUAAGCGACAGCCGACGACAGAGGCGGAACAGGCGAUGCAGCAGUUGUGGGCGCUGGUGCUGAACAUUGAGGCAGACAGAAUUGGGCUGGAUGACAGCUUCUUUCGUCUAGGUGGCGACUCGAUCGCGGCAAUGAAGCUGGUGGGCGAGGCGCGCAGGCACGGCGUGCAGCUGUCCGUUGCAGAUCUCUUCCGCCAUCCCCGUCUGGACCAGUGUACUUCUGUGACCAUCUCAACAACUCACGAUUCACCUGUCACCAUCCCUCAUGCCGAUCACGAGGGACCGGUCGAGCAAUCAUUUGCGCAGGGGCGACUGUGGUUCGUGGAACAACUGUACCCUGGCCUGACCUGGUACCUCAUGCCUCUCGCAGUACGCAUCAAAGGCCCACUUCAGCUUGCAGCUCUCAAGUCUGCGCUUCUAGCAGUUGAGUACCGUCACGAAACGCUUCGCUCUACCUUCGCUACUGUUGAUGGAAAGAGUGUGCAGAAUGUCAAGCCUUUCAAAUCAAAAGAGGUGAAUGUCGUCGAUGUCCAAGGCGGCCAGCAGGACAUCGCGAACACUGUACAGAAAGACCAAGCAGCUCCCUUCGACCUGGCUACGGAGCCUGGGUGCAGAGUUUCUAUCUAUAGGGUCGACCAACACGACUACGUGCUGUCUAUUGUCAUGCACCACAUUAUCUCUGACGGCUGGUCUGUUGACGUGCUUAUGCGUGAGCUAGGUGCAUGCUACUCUGCCGCAAUCCGCGGUCAGGACCCACUGUCGCAGUUGCAGCCUCUGCAAAUACAGUAUCGCGACUUCUCUGUAUGGCAGAGACAGCAGGCCCAGGUCGAUGAGCACAACAAACAGCUCGAGUACUGGAUUGCGCAGCUGCAAACAAGCCGGCCGGCUGAGCUGCUCUGCGACAAGCCGCGACCUGCUGCCUUAUCUGGCCAUGCUGAUGUGCGCAUAUUGGAGGUGGAUGGCUCAUUGUUCGCUAGAUUGCAAGAGUUCUGCAAAGCACGUGGGGUGACCGUGUUUAUAGUCCUCCUUGCUGCCUUCCGGGCUACGCACUUCCGUCUUACUGGGCAACAAGAUGCAACCAUUGGGGCAGCGAACGCCAAUCGGGAUCGAUCGGAGCUAAGAGAUAUGAUCGGCUUCUUUGUUAACAUACAGUGCCUGCGAAUCACUGUUGGAGAUGAGACAUUCGAAGAGCUGGUCCAGCAGGUGCAAGGGGUAGCGGUGGCGUCGCUGGCCAACCAAGACGUCCCUUUCGACAGGAUCGUGUCGAAGCUCAAGAAAGACAGAGAUCUGUCCCGCCACCCGCUGGUGCAGCUCAUCUUCGCCAUGCACUCCCAGCAAGACCUGGGCAAGCUCAUACUGGAGGGCUUGGAGACGGAAAGCAUGACCAACACAGUGACGUCGAGAUUUGACCUGGAGAUCCAUUUCUUCCAGCACCAGAACGGGCUACGAGGCGAAUUCAUAUUCUCAACCGACCUGUAUGCUACAGAGACAAUCGAGAACAUGCUAUCACUUUUCCGACACAUCCUUGACGCCUGCCUGAAGGAGCCAAAGAUGGUGGUGUCGUCUAUGGCGUUAUUGACCGAAGCUGACCACGCUCGGCUCGAUGGGAUGGGACUUGUCCCGGCUAAACAGACCGCAUAUCCACGUGACUCCAGUAUCGUGGACCUCUUUCGCCAGCAAGUCUCUGCCCAUCCGUCCCAGAUCGCCGUCAAAGAUGCGUCGGCAGAGAUGAGCUACGCCCAGCUGGACGCAGCAUCUGACGUUCUGGCAGAGUGGUUAGCCAAACUGGCGUUUGCCCCUGAGACGCUCGUUGGCGUGUUUGCAGCCCGAAGCUGCGAGACGAUCGUUGCGUUUCUGGGCAUUCUCAAAGCCAACUUGGCUUAUCUACCAUUCGAUGUGAAGAUACCAGCGGGGCGGAUGGAAGCUGUCUUGUCUUCUCUUCCGAGUGGUCAGAGAGUGAUACUCGUCGGGGCUGACGUCCAGCCUCCCGACAUCAAGCUGAACACCGUCAAAUUUGUCCGCAUUGCAGAAGGCUUGGACGAACAGGCAAGUGGAAUGUCCGCUCCUCAAGGACCUGCAGCAGUUGCUGCCGGGCCUUCAGCGACGAGUCUCGCGUAUGUCAUGUUCACGUCCGGGUCGACAGGCCAGCCAAAGGGAGUCAUGGUAGAGCACCGUGGUAUCGUGCGCUUGGUUCGAGACAACAACCUCGUGCAGCACCUACCGGUCCUACCGGAGACGCGAGUCAUUGCUCACGUAGCGACUCUCGCUUUUGACGCUUCCACAUGGGAGAUAUACGCCUGUCUGCUGAACGGCGGGACGCUGGUUUGCGUGGACGCGAUGACUAUCCUUGAUCCAGUGGCUGUGUCUCGGGUCUUUCAUCAAACGAACAUCAGUAUGGCUUUACUUACGCCAGCGCUCUUUCGACAGUAUGCGCAAGAGGCGCCUACAGUGCUGGCGAAUCUUGAUAUGCUUUGCUUGGGGGGAGAAGCACUGCACCCGCGCGAUGCUUCUGAAGCACUGCAGCUCCUUCCGGGCAAGGUAAUCAAUUGUUAUGGUCCUACUGAGAACACUUGCAUUAGCACAAUCUUUAUCCUCACUCAGGAAGAGCAUUGCGUUAAUGGCGUCCCCAUUGGCUGCGCACUCAGCAACUCUGGCGCCUACGUGAUGGACCCGAAUCUUCAACUUGUUCCUAUUGGUGUGAUUGGAGAGAUUGUGGUCACAGGCGACGGUCUAGCGCGGGGCUACACGUCUCCUGAGAGGAAUAUUGACUGCUUUGUAUCGGUCACGGUUGCUGGUCAGGUAGUCAAGGCCUACCGGACAGGCGACUACGCCCGACAUCGGCCUACGGAUGGCCAGCUAGAGUACUUCGGCCGGAUGGACAGACAAGUCAAGAUCCGGGGGCAGCGUAUUGAGCUGGGCGAGAUCGAGCAUGUCCUCCGCAGUCACAAGCGCGUCAGCGACGCAGUGGCUGUGCUACAACAAUGCGACGGCGAUGCAGUCCAACUCGCUGGCUUUGUUAUAGUCGACGAGGGCGCUGCAAUGGUCGACGAGCAGGUCGAUGAUGAGGAUGGUGACGGUGGCGACGAGGAUGAAUCGCAGCAUGUGGGAACUUGGGAACAGAAAUUUGACAACGAAAGCUACACACCUAUCAACAACAUCCAGUCCGAACGCAUUGGGCGAGACUUCAUCGGGUGGACGUCUAUGUACGACGGCAGCGCGAUAAACGAAGUAGAGAUGAACGAGUGGCUAGAUGAUACGAUACACACGAUGCUCAACGGUAGCAAGCCCAGCAGCCUGCUCGAGAUCGGAUCGGGGACUGGCAUGGUCCUCUUCAACUUGGGCGACGGCCUUCAAAGCUACGUCGGACUCGACCCGUCCAGAAAGGCAAUCGAGUUUGUCGCGAAGAUGGCAGAGUCUGUCCCUGCGUUAGCGGGCAAAGUCCGUUUGCACAAGGCCACAGCAAUGGAAAUCGGUAGUUUGGAGCCGUCAGUCACAGCCAACCUUGCAUGUCUGAACUCAGUCGUUCAGUACUUCCCUAGCCAAGAGUACCUGUUCAAGGUCGUCCAAGAGCUACUCCAGGUCAAGGGCAUCCAGACUAUCUUCUUUGGCGACGUUCGAUCUUAUGCGUUGCAUAGAGAGUUUCUGGCAGCUCGGGCGCUACGCAUGGCUGGCGAUAAGGUAACUAUGGCAGACAUUCGACGCAUAAUGACUGACAUGCACCGAGCGGAAGUAGAGCUGCUUGUUGACCCAGCAUUCUUUACUGCCCUACAAAGCCGCCUCCCAGAGCUCGUGGAGCAUGUUGAGAUACUGCCGAAGAGGAUGAAAGCAACGAACGAGUUGAGCUGUUAUCGCUACGCUGCGGUUGUUCACGUCAGGUCUCAAUCUGGGCCAAAGCGGGAGAUUCAAGUCGUGAACGCAGACGAAUGGAUUGACUUUUCGGAGCGCAAGCUAGACCGCCAGUCUCUUCAACAACAACUGAGAAGUCUCUCUGGCUUGUCUACAGUAGCUGUAAGCGACAUUCCUUACAGCAAGACCAUGGUCAGUCGGUGCCUUGUUGAGGCGCUUGACGGUAUAGACGCAAAUAAGCGCGAUGACCCAUGCUGGCUAGCAUCAGUCUAUCAGCAAGCGCAGCACAAGCCAUCCCUGUCCGCCACUGAUCUGGUAGAGCUGGCGCAGGAAUCGGGCUGUCGUGUCGAGAUUAGUUGGAACAGGCAGUACUCACAGCGUGGUGGUCUCGACGCUAUCUUUCAUCGGUCUCCGCCGAGAAACGGCGAGAACAGGAGAUUGUUCCGGUUCCCUACUGAGCACACAGAUCGGCCACCGCACUCUCUCAGCAGCUGGCCGUUGCGGCAGCGGAUAAUGAAGAAGACCCAACAGCAGCUGCUGGCGAUGCUACAAGCCCAGCUGCCCGCAUACAUGGUUCCUCAGGCGAUCACGGUGCUGGACGCGAUGCCUGUAACACAAAAUGGUAAGGUGGAUCGCAAGGCUCUAGAGCAGCGGGUUCAAACAGAGCGUAGCAGCAAAGCCCCAGUACAGCAGUCCAUUUCGGACGAGGAGCUACAGAUGCAGAAGCUGUGGGCGCGCGUGCUAGACAUCAAGGUAGACAGUAUUGGGCGAGACAACAGCUUCUUCCAACUAGGCGGCGACUCGAUCACAGCAAUGAAGCUGGUGGCUGAGGCGCGCAAACUAAGCGUUUACCUUACAGUUGCAAACAUCUUCCAGCAUCCCCGUCUCUGCGACUUGGCCUUGAAGCUCCAAACAUCCGAGAUAGAGUCAGGUGCUAUCUCGACAUCACUGAACGCAUUAGCCGUCUCUCCAGGUCUCGAGUCAACUCUAGAGUCAGAAGUGCUUCCAAAACUGUCCAUCACUCGAUCACAGGUCCAAGAUCUUCUCCCAAUCACGGACUUUCAAAGACUCUGUCUGGAGGGCCAUUCUAAAAGCCCCCCUAUGUGGAUGGCUUAUUUCUCCUUCUUGAUUCCAAAUGGGUACUCUGACCAGCGAAUCCGCAAUCUGAUUCAUCUGAUAUGGCAGCAUUACGAUGCUCUUCGACUGCUUUUCACGCCAUUGUCUGAUCAUUCAUGGCAGGUAUCAACAAGAGGCACCGCGCCUCCCAUCCUAGAACGAUUCAUUGGGCCCAAUGAAAACCAUGAGGACAUUUACAAGGAAGAAUCGUCUUAUCCUUUUGGAUCAGGUGAACAGCUUACCAAAUUCUUCAUUAUUACAAAUUCCGAGGAGGUUCGACUGACCCUCCGCGUCUCGCACGCUCAGUAUGAUGGGUUAAGCAUAGCCCGCCUUUGCAAUGACUUCGAGAAUUUGACCGAAGGAAGGAUCAGAUCACACACAUUGCAAUACGCAGAUUUUAUCAAUCGUACUCUGCAGGUCAAACAAGACGGUCAUGCAUAUUGGAAAUCGUUGUUGCGUGGUUCGACAAUGACAUUCAUCGAGCCUGAGCAGGACUCUUCCAGGGAUACUCAAGUAAACAUGACCCGCGAUACCAAACUGCCCGUACCACGGGGCGACUCCACCUUGGCUUCGAUCUUCACCGCCGCAUGUGCGUGUGCCUUGGCCAAGGUGGCAAGGCAGUCCGAGGUUGUAUUCGCUCGUGUAGUGAACGGCCGCUCCAGUUUGCAAGGGAGCUCCGAUGUUUUUGGCUGUUGCCUUAAUUUCAACCCAACGAGGAUCCAUUUCGACGGGCACCCACCUUUCGAUAAGACAGUCAAGCAACUGUCGGACCAGUAUCGCGAAAGUCUCCCGUACGAGUCGGUGGGUUUCCGGGACAUCGUAGAGAACUGCACAGACUGGCCAAGUGGGACCGGAUUUGGUUGUUUCGUCCGAUUCCAGAAUCAGAGCAUGGGCGGGGAGGAUUAA